ACUUUAGAAUAGGUUUGUGAUUAGUUCACACUUUAAUCAUCUCACCAAGCAGGGUUGUUUAGUGUUUUACAUUUAGUGUGUCUGGAGAACUCAUCUACAACAUGAGGAUCUUAAUUUGUGUCAUCGCAUUUGCUGGCAUCGCCAUGACCAAAGAGUUUCAAUGCUACACCUGCGAAGAAAAUGGUAUGAUGAUUGAAUGUGGUUCAUCAACUGGAACGCUCAGGACAUGUUCCAAGGAGUUCCAUUAUUGCAUCACUGUACAAACACAAAAUGGUGACCAAAACAAAUUGUUCAAAGGUUGUUUUGUGGACGAAGAAGCGAACACCUUCAAUAGACUGGAUGUGGAUAUCAAAGACUCGCUUGAAAGCGUUAUUGGAACUCCUGCUCGACCAGAAAUCCGACUCGAUGGUUGUUUAGACGUCCGAAAAGGGGAAUCUGAACAGUCAUGACUUGCCUUUUCAGCUGAAAUCAACGCUUUGUUUUUGCUCUGCUUCCAAGUGUAAUGGAGCCAAGGGAAAUGGAUCCAUAAGAGGGCAACUGAUGAGUUUCCUUUUAGCUGCUGGUCUUCUGGUUCAACGUGUUACAAUCUAAAAGAUUUGCUGCUCAAAAUUAGUUUUAACAAUGUACCAAAAACAAUGUAAAUGAGUUUUUUUAUGUCAUUACUUUCUUCUUUUAUUGAAUGUGUUUGGAUAUUGGUAUAAGAGUGAAAUAGAAAUAUUUGGCAAAUGGA